GGUAUGCCCUAGAAGGUUUCUGGGUAGGGUUUUACGUACUCACCCUUAACAUUACUCUACAUAUCUGCCCACUUCUUCCCAAACCCCCUUCCAAUUCCAUGGCUCCCUCCACUGUCAUGCGCCUCCAUCUGUAUUGGUUAUGGCUCGAUUUCAAGGUUACGUUUCAGCUAGAGUACGACCGGCCUAAUGCUUUGCACCACGAUUUCUCUGUAUAAUUACUAUUUAAAAGGUACCUUUUUUAAAUAACACUCAAUUUUUGUUGUCUAUUUCUAGAUCCUUGCUGUAAUCAUGCCAGUCAUUUGGGUAUUUGGGUUGGUUUUAUUUUUUGUUUGACACUUUCGUUUCAAUUAGUUUAAUGCUUCGGAUUUGUUGAAGCCCCCUUGUACUUUCAAAAGGGCGUCGUCCAUAGUCCAUUACUAGAAAAGGGAGAUUAUUAAGGAACAGGGCAUGAAAAAUCAUUACUAUCUAUUAUUAUGGGAGGUGUUGUAGAGAAGCACCAAAUCAAAUGCCACAAACAGUUAUAAUCAGACAGCUCUUCAUUCAAGAUUAUUUAAGAGCUCCCCAUUCAAAGAUUACAAACAGUUAUUAUUUUUAAAAACUUAUCUAACAGCUCUCCAUUCAAGAUUACAGUAAUGAUCAUUACAGUUAGGUUAGUCACAAGUGCGGGCCUGAGCGCUUAAGCGCACCAGGCGAGGCACAUAUGAGAGUUAGCGCCUGUUAGAGUAGCUGAAGCACUGAAGGCCUGUUACAGUAUUUAUAGAAAUAGACUUAGCUCUCCGUUCUCCUUGGUAGGAAACAUAGAUUUCAUUGAGACCUUGUUAUUUUUUCAUAUCUAAUUGUGUCCUUGGUAGGAAACAAUUAUUGUGAGUUGAAGUAUCUCAGAAAGUGUAGUGAAAUGCAGUGUUCUACAAGUGACAAAGAUAUUUCAUCAGAUAGAGAACUAAGGAGGCACAAAAGAAAAUGCCAAAGGAUUUUACGUUUGAAAGACAUUAAGAUUUCAGAGUUGAUGGCUCAAAAGAGAAUUAGAUGGAAGAAUUAUAACAAAAUUGCAAAUGACAUAAGUGAAAAAAAUAGACAAAAAUUUAAUGAACUUAAUAUAACAUACAAGAAGAUAGAGUCAGAUGUGAAAAAGAUCAACGAAUUGCAAAUGUCCAACUUAGAUUUGGAGAAUAAAAUUUCAAACAUGAAAGCCAUAUCCGUUAAGCAAAAUGGUGAGAUUUUUAGGCUUUCCAAUGAACCACGAUCAUUGAAGAAUAGAAAGAGAAUGAUACCUAGGACUGUUUCAAUGAAGAAUGGGAAGAGAUUCAUUUCGGCAGUACAAUUAUCUCAUCCUCAUUUGUUGCAACUAUCUCAACCGGAGGAGGUGGAGGCAUAUGACCAGGGACGGAGGUAUGCAUAGUGUUAGGUAAAAGUGUUUCCCUUUGUUGUGUUUUGAAAUUUUAAUUUCUUUAGUUAAUUAUUUUUUUCUAGUACUUUGGAAUAAGUCAUCCACUUAAUAUAUUAUUCUUUUACAUUAAAGUGAUGAAAUAUAUACAACGUAUUACUUAUGAAUAAUAUAUACGGAGUAUAAGUUUAAAUCUAUUACUUUAUUUCCUUUUCAUUUAAGUAGAUAGAGUUAUUCAUCUUAUAGAAGAAAGUUUUUGAAAAAUUGAACAUGUCAUUAUAAUAUUUUGAUUUUUUUAAUCGUCCUACAAAAUCUUGAAGAAUAUAUUCAACUACACAACAAAUUUUAAUACAAUGCGUUUUUGUAUUUAUAUGAUACAUUUGAUAGUUUGUUAUACGUAGUACAUUUUGGCCCCCCCUCCAAUAGAAUCCUGACUCCGUUCUUGCAUAUGACAAUGCUAAAAGCAAAAUAAACUCCAAAGUAAUUGUUUUGUUUAAGCUCAGUACUCCAGUUGUACCAUUAGACCCAUUCUCUUCUGCUUACAAUUUUUUGCUGCAUAGAAAUAUUAUUUAAUAAAUAAUUUUUUUAGAAUAUGAUGAUUAUAAUAUUGCAGGAUCGAUGUGUGGUUUUGGAGCGUCAAUUUGUUGAGCUUAAGAAUGAAACGGAGACGAUACAAGUUGGAAUGACAGAGCUUAAGACAGUAAAUUAAAAAUUGAUGGAAGAAAAUCUAGAACAAAGAACAUAUUUCAAUUCUUCUAUGAGCAUCUAUGUUUUGAUCGAUAUGUCCAUCUAUGUUUGGGCAGAUGUCACAACUCCAACAAUCAUUACCAUUCAAACAACAACAACGUGCAUCCUUCAGCCAACUUUUUCAGAUGACAUACUCUCAAGAACAACAUGAAACGUUGGGGGAUCAACCUCUACAGUUUGGUCUCACUGGUUUGACACAACCUACAUCAUCUAAACGGUGCUCAAGAGCGCCUCCCUUGCAAAUCAACCAACUCAUGCACCACCUAUUCUUUCGAUGCGGCGUACUCGUGAGAGCUCAUCUAGCUAUUAUUCUGAUGAUGACGAGGAAAGUGACGAUAUGAAUGAUGAUAGUUAGUAAAGAAUGUAGUGUGUUCUGACUUCCAUCAUUUGCAAUGGAGCCAAAGAUUCAUUAUUUUUUGGCUUGAGAAUAUGAUGGAAUAAAGUAGCAGUUAUGAAGUAGCAGUCAGUUCAUGCAAUUUUGGACGCGUUUUUCAUUAUGGGUCAUCCAGAAACAGUUUCUCUGUGCUUUAGUAUACGGAUAAGACUGCGUACAUCUGACCUUCCUGACCCCACCGUAGGUAGGAGCCUUUGCGGCACUGGGGUAAAUGAAAAUGAAAUGUGUUCUGAAUUUUUUAGUUAAAACUCUGUUAUAUGUUCUAUGCUUUUGGUGAAGAGUAGUUUUAGUGUACUAAAGCAGUCAGCCUUCAACGUAAUGUUAACAUUUAUUUUUAUUAUGUUAUACUUGUAUAUUACUGUAUUAUUUUAGUUUAUAUGAAGUAUUAGAAAGUAAUACAAAUUAUACGAUGUACUUGAUGAAUAUACUUAUAUACUUGGUAUGCCUUAUGAGGGAGGAAUCCUUAUU